AUGUCUUCCAUCAUUGCAGUAGCCGGAGGCAUAGGCGAUCUCGGUCGUGCUAUCGUAGAGGCUAUUCUCGCCGAUGGCAAGUUCCCAGUCAUCGUAUUGAGCAGGAAGGCGGAUGAAGACAGGGAGAAGGAAAUCGGUGCUCGUAUUCUGCCGGUCUUGGAAGAAAACAAUGUGCAUACGGUCAUCUCCACCCUAAAAAACAUGGCUUCAAUGCAGCCAGAGUUGAACUUGAUCGCUGCUGCCGAUCAGGCCGAGAUGACCAAACGAUAUGUUCCCAGCAUCUGGGGCGCCAAGUUCAGCAGAAACUUGGAGUUCUCGGCUUGGUACCCUGGAUACUUCGCUGACUACUAUGUGUGCCCGCCCCUCAAAAGCCAUCUCAAGAGCAUGGCCAUGGUCGUGGAUGUCGUCAACAACAAGGCAGGCAUUCCAGGUUCUGGGAACGUCCCGGUGGCGUUGACGUUCACAUCGGACUUGGCCAAUGGGAGAAGGAGACUGACUCAUCUCGUCGGCGACAAGCUGACAUGGAAUCAGCUCGUCGAGCUCGCUGAAGCAGUCAAGGGUGUCAAGUUUGACGUAGCUUAUGAUUCGAUUGAAACUCUGGAAGCUGGAAAGGUGACGAGACUGCCUCGCCACAGAUCACCUUAUCCUUACAUUUCCGACGAGCAGCUACAGCCCAUGUUUGCAAUCUUCGGUCUCAUGUUCGAAAGGGGUGUUUUUGACUUCAAAGUAGAGAACUCUAUCGCCCAAGAUUUUCCUGAUAUCAAACUGAGGUCUAUGAAGGAGUUGCUGGAAGAGGCUUACAAGCUUGGAGUUUGA